CUGGUUCUUCUCCUGCAUCUUCUCCCUCAGCCUGGAAUGUACAAAUCAUUAUUUGAAGAUUGAAGAUCUGGGUUUUUUUUUGGGUCUGAGUGCCAAGCAAUUAAGGACUUGUGCGAGCAAGCUGGAGGCGGACGAGGCUGAAGAAAGGACCAUGAGGUUGUGAGAACAAGAGGCAGGACAAAAGAAGUCAUCACCUGGAAGUGGACUAUACGUCGUUACCACCAUGCUCUCACCUCUCGUCUUUCUCUUGAUCCUCCCCCUGUCCACGACCACCACCACCACCUCCUCGUCUUCCCCUCCUCCUUUCCUGUCAUUUUCUCCACCAGAAGGGGGUCUCACGCAUUUGGUGGUCAAUAACAAAUCCGGCGAGGUCUACCUGGGCGCCGUCAACUGGAUCUAUAAACUGUCCGGCAACCUGACCAAGCUCCGAAGCCACGUGACCGGCCCUGUGACCGACAACCCUCGCUGCUACCCGCCGCCCGGCGUCCAGUCGUGUCCCUACGAGCUGGUGCAGACCCCCAAUACCAAUAAACUGCUGCUGCUCGACGACGCCCACAACCGCUUGAUCGCGUGCGGGAGUACCUCCCAGGGAAUUUGCCAGUUCCUUCGACUGGACGAUCUGUUCAAGCUGGGCGAGCCCCAUCACCGCAAGGAGCAUUACCUAUCCAGCGUUGCCGAGGCAAGCACCAUGUCCGGGGUGGUCAUCUCUCCCGACGUCUUCGGCGGAGGCGGGAAACUCUUUGUCGGCACUCCCAUCGACGGGAAGUCGGAGUACUUUCCGACUCUGUCCAGCCGCAAGUUGAUGUCCAACGAGGAGAACGCGGACAUGUUCAGCUUCGUCUACCAGGACGAGUUCGUCUCCUCGCAGCUGAAGAUCCCGUCAGACACCCUCUCCAAGUUCCCGGCGUUUGACAUCUACUACAUCUACGGCUUCAGCAGUGAGCAGUUUGUCUACUACCUCACGUUGCAGCUGGACACCCAGCUCACUUCCCCCGACGCGGGCAGCGAGCAGUUCUUCACCUCAAAGAUCGUGCGGCUCUGCGUGGACGACCCCAAGUUCUACUCCUACAUCGAGUUCCCCAUUGGCUGCACCAAAGACGGAGUGGAGUAUCGCUUGAUCCAGGAUGCUUACUUGGCCCGACCGGGCUCCCGUUUGGCUCAGUCGCUUGGUAUUUCGCAGCGCGAUGAGGUUCUUUUCGCCGUGUUUGCCCAGGGCCAGAAGAACAGGGCCAAGCCACCCAAGGAGACGGCUUUGUGUCUGUUCACAAUGAAGCAGAUCAAGGAGAAGAUUAAAGAAAGGAUUCAGUCAUGCUACAGCGGAGUCGGGAUACUCUCCUUACCCUGGCUGCUCAACAAGGAACUGUCCUGCAUCAACUCGCCGUUGCGGAUUGACGAUAAUUUCUGCGGCCACGACUUCAACCAGCCUCUGGGGGGCACCGCCACCAUCGAGGGCGUCCCGCUGUACGUGGACAAGGAGGACGGCAUGACCUCCGUGGCGGCCUACGAUUACCGCGGACACACGGUGGCGUUCAUGGGCACUCGCGGCGGACGUAUGAAAAAGGUUGUGGUCACCUCAAUCAGCCAGCCCGCUCUGCUCUACGAAAAUGUCCCGGUGAGCGACGGCAGCCCCGUCCUCAAAGACCUGCUCUUCAGCCCCGACCACCAGCACCUGUACACCCUCAGCGAUAAACAGGUCACACGGGUGCCGGUGGAGAGCUGCGAGCAGUACGCUUCCUGCGAGGCGUGCCUGGGGUCCGGGGACCCUCACUGUGGCUGGUGUGUGCUGCACAACAUAUGUUCUAGAAAGGACCACUGCGAGCGCGCCGAGGAGCCUCAGCGUUUCACCACCAGAGUGGAUCAGUGCGUCCGACUCUCCGUCCAACCCGACACCGUCUCGGUCACCAUGUCCGAAGUCCAGCUGGUACUUCAGACCCAGAACGUGCCCAGUCUGUCGGCGGGAGUCAACUGUUCAUUCGGGGGCUACGUGGAAACCGAAGGACGCAUCUACGGCGGUCGGAUCUUCUGCUUGUCGCCCUCUGCUAAAGAAGUAGCGCCAAUCACGCACAACCAAGGCGACCAGCGUGUGAUUAAACUCCAUCUGAGGUCCAAGGAGACGGCCAAGACGUUUGCCAGCGUGGAUUUCAUCUUCUACAACUGCAGCGUGCACAGAUCGUGUCUGUCUUGUGUGGACGGCAAGUUCCCGUGUCACUGGUGCAAAUAUCGCCACAUGUGCACGCAGGACGCCAGCGACUGCUCCUUUCAGGAGGGACGCGUCAACACCUCACAGGAGUGUCCUCAAAUCCUGCCCUCCACUCAGAUCUAUAUCCCCGCCGGAGUUAUGAGGCCAAUCACGCUGCUGGCUCAGAACCUGCCUCAGCCGCAAUCCGGACAGAGGAACUACGAGUGCAUGUUUCACAUCCAAGGCAACACGCUCAGCGUCCCGGCCCUGAGGUUCAACAGCAGCAGCAUCCAGUGCCAGAAGAUCAUAUACGACUACGAGGGCGGCGACAUCAGCGACCUGCCAGUCGAUCUGUCCGUGGUGUGGAAUGGAAACUUCGUCAUCGACAAUCCCUUCGACAUUCAAGCCCACUUGUACAAGUGCCGGGCCCUGCGGGAUAGCUGCGGCAUGUGUCUGAAGGCAGACCCCAGGUUCGAGUGCGGCUGGUGCGUGCAGGACAGGAAGUGCUCCCUCAGACAGGAGUGUGCCGUCGGAGGAAAUUCUCACCCGCUGCUGCAGUUCAGCGACGUGGGCGGCUGGAUGCACGCUGCCUCUGGGAACAGCCGGUGCUCUCACCCCAAAAUCACCAAGUUGUUUCCAGACACCGGACCUCGCCAAGGAGGCACCAGGGUGACCAUCGUAGGAGAGAACCUGGGUCUGCACUUCAGGGACAUCCAGUCGGGCGUCAGGUUAGGCAAAGUGCCCUGCGUCCCCAUCGAGGAGGAGUACCUGAGUGCUGAGAGGAUAGUGUGUCAGCUCAAUGACGCCACAGGAUACAGGGUCCAAGAGGCUCAGGUGGAGGUGUGUGUGAGGGACUGUGUCAACGACUACAGAGCUCUGUCCCCCAGGCCCUUCACGUUUGUGACGCCGUUCUUCACUCGCAUCCAGCCUUCUCAGGGACCUAUCUCGGGGGGCACCCGCGUGACUAUCGAGGGGAGCUACCUCAACGCGGGCAGCUCCGUGUCCGUCAGCAUCGGGCCGCAACCCUGCCUCUUUAAAAAGAGGAACGCCCACGAGAUUGUGUGCGUAACGCCAGCUGGCCUGGCACCAGGAAGCACGCCCGUCCUGGUGGACAUAGACCACGCUGAGCUCAGAAACCCGGAGGUGAAGUUUAACUACACCGAGGACCCCACUGUGCUCAAGAUUGAACCCGACUGGAGCAUCGCCAGUGGUGGAACUCUGCUUACAGUGAGCGGAACCAACCUGGCAACCAUCAGAGAGCCAAAGAUCAGGGCCAAAUAUGGGCAGGCUGAGUCUUUCCAUAACUGUACAGUAUACAACAACUCAGUGAUGGUCUGCCUAGCUCCGUCCGUGGCCGAGUCCGAGCUGGGCUUUUCCGAAUCCGGCACGGGUCCGGAUGAGAUCGGGUUUUACAUGGACAAUGUGAACGCUUUAGUCGUGGUCAACGAGACUUUCAGCUACUACCCCGACCCCGUGUUCGAACCGCUCAGCUCCAACGGGAUCCUGGAGCUCAAACCAACAUCUCCGCUCAUACUCAAGGGUCGUAACCUGAUCCCGGCAGCCCCGGGUAACAGUCGCCUGAACUACACGGUGCUAAUUGGGGAGACCCCCUGCAUCCUCACCCUGUCUGAGAGCCAGCUACUCUGUGAGUGGCCCAACCUCACAGGACAACAUAAAGUCACGAUCCGAGCCGGCGGGUUUGAGUACUCCCCCGGUACUCUCCACAUUUACUCGGAUAGCCUGCUGACUCUGCCCGCCAUCAUCGGGAUCGGAGGGGGCGGCGGGAUGCUCCUGUUGGUCAUCAUCGCCGUGCUGAUAGCUUAUAAGAGGAAAUCCAGAGAUGCGGAUCGCACCCUGAAGCGUCUUCAGCUACAGAUGGACAACCUGGAGUCCAGAGUGGCCCUGGAAUGUAAAGAAGCCUUUGCUGAACUCCAGACAGACAUCCACGAGCUCACCCAAGAACUGGACGGAGCCGGAAUUCCCUUCCUGGACUAUCGGACGUACGCGAUGAGGGUCCUAUUCCCGGGCAUUGAGGACCACCCUGUGCUCAAGGAGAUGGAGGUACGGGUGCAGGCAAAUGUGGAAAAAGCUCUGACGCUGUUUGGCCAGUUGCUGACAAAGAAGCACUUCCUGUUGACUUUCAUACGAACGCUGGAGGCGCAGAGGUCGUUUUCCAUGCGGGACCGAGGCAACGUGGCGUCUCUGAUCAUGACCGCCCUGCAGGGGGAGAUGGAGUACGCCACAGGAGUCCUCAAACAACUUCUGUCUGACCUGAUCGAAAGGAACUUGGAGAGUAAAAAUCAUCCCAAGCUGCUUCUCAGGAGAACGGAGUCGGUUGCUGAGAAAAUGCUGACCAACUGGUUCACGUUCCUCUUGUAUAAGUUCCUCAAGGAGUGUGCCGGCGAGCCUCUUUUCAUGCUCCACUGUGCCAUCAAGCAGCAGAUGGAGAAAGGACCGAUAGACGCCAUCACCGGAGAGGCUCGCUAUUCUCUGAGCGAGGACAAGCUCAUCAGGCAGCAGAUUGACUACAAAACGCUGACGUUGCACUGUGUGAACCCCGAGAACGAGAACACGGCGGAGGUGACCGUGAAGUGUCUAAACUGUGACACCGUCACUCAGGUCAAGGAGAAACUCCUGGAUGCGGUCUACAAGGGCAGCCCCUACUCACUCAGGCCCAAAGCUUCUGACAUGGACUUGGAAUGGCGUCAAGGCAGAAUGGCUCGAAUUAUUCUGCAGGACGAAGACGUCACGACGAAGAUCGACAACGACUGGAAGAGGCUCAACACGCUGGCUCACUAUCAGGUUACAGACGGCUCAGUGAUCGCUCUGGUGCCAAAGCAGAACUCUGCCUAUAACAUCUCCAAUUCAUCCACCUUCACCAAGAGCCUCAGUAGAUACGAGAGCAUGCUGAGAACGGCCAGCAGUCCGGACAGCCUUCGGUCGCGCACGCCCAUGAUCACCCCUGACCUGGAGAGUGGGACUAAGUUGUGGCAUCUGGUGAAGAACCACGACCACUCGGACCAGCGGGAGGGCGAUCGGGGCAGCAAGAUGGUGUCUGAGAUCUACCUGACCAGACUCCUGGCUACAAAAGGCACACUGCAGAAGUUUGUGGACGACCUCUUUGAGACCAUCUUCAGCACGGCCCACAGAGGCAGCGCUCUGCCGCUGGCCAUCAAGUACAUGUUUGACUUCCUGGACGAGCAGGGCGACAAACACUCCAUCACAGACCACGACGUACGGCACACCUGGAAGAGCAACUGCCUCCCACUUAGGUUCUGGGUGAACGUGAUCAAGAACCCGCAGUUUGUCUUCGACAUCCAAAAGAACAGCAUCACGGACGCGUGCCUGUCCGUGAUUGCCCAGACCUUCAUGGACUCAUGCUCCACGUCCGAACACAAACUGGGGAAAGACUCACCGUCCAACAAACUCCUCUACGCUAAAGACAUCCCCAACUACAAGAACUGGGUGGAAAGGUACUACUCUGAUAUCUCACGUAUGCCUGCCAUCAGCGACCAGGACAUGAGUGCCUACCUGGCGGAGCAGUCCCGCCUGCACCUCAGCCAGUUCAACAGCAUGUCUGCACUGCACGAGAUCUACUCCUACAUCAUCAAAUACAAAGACGAGAUCCUGUCGGCGUUGCAGAAAGACGAGCAAUCGCGGCGACAGAGGCUACGUGGCAAGCUGGAGCAGGUCAUCGACACCAUGGCGCUGACCAGCUGAGGGUUAACCCCGGUGGAACGCUGGCCGACAACGCCUUCCUUCCCAGACGCUCAUCAACCGGACGAACAACAAAAAGUCCAUUUAGUCCGUUCAACGAAGAGACGGCAGAGGAGCGAUUGAAUGGUCGAAGUCCGCUUUUUUUCUUUCUGCAAACCAAGCCCGGAUUGGACCGAAUUGAGCGAACGCGCAGUAGUCCGUGUUGACUCCGGUCCAGCAGAGGGCAGUGGGGUUUUUUUUGGGCCACAACCAGGACCUAAACCAGGGCGGAUACUUGAUCCCGUUUGGGGAUAUCCCUUUCCUGUUGCCAUUAUCAGGGUGGACACACGGAGGAGGAAGAACUGAUGACAAACUCCCAACCAUUCGGAACUUCCUUGCUUACGGUUGAAUUGCCAUUUCCUUCCUUCCCCGACCACACCGCCUCCUCUCCUUAGCGCUGUGCCGCUCAUGUUACUGCUGAAUUUGCACAACAGAAAGCUAAAUCAAAAGAGAGCAAAGGAUCUAUGAACACAUUUAUAAAUAUAUAAAUACGAGCCUCUGUUUUGCGUUGAAAGAGACGGUUUUUUUUUUGUUUGUUUUAAUGUAUAAAAACGAUAGGUUUGACAGGAUUUGAUAUUUCCGCGUAGAAAAUGUGAAAACUUCAAAAAGAAAAGAAAAAAAGCAACACGAGCUAAAGUUGCGUGCCAUGUUUUACUUUGAAUGUUGUUUAGUGCAAAGAGACUUUUUCUUUUACUUCGAUGAAAUGUGUUAUGAAAAAUGUUGUCAUGCUUAUUAGUGAGACUUUAAGGGGGGGAGGAAAUAUGUGAAUGGGAAAACUGGACUCAAAAUUGCAGAAGGUUUCUAUGUUUAAUGCUGGUCAACCCACAGUGAUGUUCUUCCACAAAAUCCACCAAUGGAUCCAUUUGAUUCACCAGCCCCUUUUACACAGAGCAUACUUGCCAACCCUCCCGAAUUUUCCGGGAGACUCCCGAAAUUCAGCGCCUCUCCCGAAAACCUCCCGGGACAAAUAUUCUCCCGAAAAUCUCCCGAUUUUCAGCCGCGGACCUGAGUGAGGACAGCCUUUUUUCACGACGGGAGGACAACAGGGUGACAAGAACUAAAUCAUCCAGA